AUGAUGUUCAAACAAUCACAAUUGGUUACAUUAACUUAUUCAUCAUUUAGCUCAUCUUUGGGGCUUUCCCAAAUACAUUCUAAGAGGAAAAUUCCACAAAAUAAAGAAGACGAUUCAAUGAACCGUCAACACAAGCAAACUAAAUUAACGAAAAAAAAAUUGAUUGCCCUCGGCAAAGUUGUUGAUUUCGUUAUAGAAAAUAAUAGCAGAACUUUAAUAAAAUCAAAGUCAAGACCUUGA